UUACAUUUUUUUCCUUGGUUGGAACGGGUUCGCAUGGAUACAGACGUUUUCUAACAUAUUGUGAUCCUAGAGUAUCCUCCCCACUUAAGAGGGAAAGCCCACGCCUUUUUUUCUUGUGCUAUACAUUCUUGGUCACUGGUGCGUUUUUACGCACAGCCACACGAUGAGCGUCUGGAAGUGUCGGCGCGCUCCCUUCACCUCCCUCUGCCUCUUUCUGCUUUUAAACAUUUUGGGUCGAGGGUCGACUUUCGAGCUGACACUGCUUCACACCAACGACAACCAUGCACGGAUCGAGGAGACCAGCGUGGACUCGGGGAAAUGUCCAGCCGGUGGUCCCUGCUUCGCUGGGGUCGCCAGGAGGUUCACCAAAGUGUCGGAGAUCCGGAAAAAGGAGAAGAAUGUGUUGUUUCUGGAUGCUGGAGACCAGUUUCAGGGAACUGUCUGGUUUAACUACUAUAAAGGCGCUGAAGCAGCGUACUUUAUGAACAAACUAGGUUAUGACGCUAUGGCUUUUGGAAACCAUGAGUUUGACAAUGGGGUGGAGGGUCUGAUCCAGCCCUUCCUCCAGAAUGUAAAUUGUUCUGUGGUGAGCGCCAACAUAAAACCUGACCAGACUCUGGCAACAAAACUCAGCGGCUACUACAAGCCAUACACAGUCAUCAGUGUGGGCUCAGAGAACGUGGCUGUGGUCGGAUACACCACUGCAGAGACGCCAUUCUUAUCCAUGCCAGGCCAACACCUAAAGUUUGAGGAUGAGGUGAAGGAGCUCCAAGUUCAGGUUGAUAAGCUGGAGACUUUGGGCUAUAAUAAGAUCAUCGCCCUGGGACACUCUGGCUUUGAUGUGGAUCAAGAUAUCGCCAAGCGAGUGAGAGGAGUUGAUGUUGUCAUUGGAGGACACACCAACACUUUCCUUUAUACUGGAAAGCCCCCAUCCACCGAAGUGCCAGCAGGUCCGUACCCUUUCAUGGUGACGUCUAAUGAUGGGAGAAACGUACCGGUGGUCCAGGCGUUUGCAUUUGGGAAAUACCUUGGAUACUUGAAGGUUACCUUUGACAAAGCUGGGAACGUGGUAAAAGCUGAUGGGAACCCCAUCCUAAUGGACAGCAGCAUACCUCAAGACCCAGAGAUCCUUGCUGACAUUGAAAAGUGGAAGAAGGGCUUGGCUCAGUUCUCCUCACAGUACGUUGGGCAGACGUUAGUCUACCUCAAUGGGACAUUUGAGGAUUGUCGAUUUCGGGAGUGUAACCUUGGAAACAUGAUUUGUGAUGCUAUGAUUUAUCACAAUUUAAAGCAUUCAAGUGAGCAGCAGUGGAAUCAUGUGGGCAUAUGCAUGCUGAAUAGUGGAGCCAUACGAGCAGCUAUAAACGAGCGCUACAACAAUGGUACCAUAACUAUGGAAGAGGUUCUCACGGUCUUACCAUUUGGAGGAACCUUUGACUUGGUCCAGAUAAAGGGAUCAACAGUGAAAAAGGCAUUUGAACACUCCAUUCACAGAUAUGGAAGCAUGUCUGGAGAAUUUCUGCAAGUCUCAGGCAUUCAUGUGGAGUAUGACCUCUCUAGGCCAGUAAACGAGCGUGUCGUGUCUGUGUCCAUGCUGUGCACUAAGUGCCGUGUGCCCAAGUAUGAACCAUUGGACCUGGAGGAGACCUACACUGUGGUCAUGCCUUCAUACAUAGUGGGCGGAGGUGAUGGCUUCACUAUGAUCAAGGACGAGUUGCUAAAACACAACACAGGUGAUAUGGACAUUACUGUUUUCUCCAAAUACAUCACAGACAUGAAGCGCGUGUACCCUGCCGUGGAAGGCCGGAUCACUUUCAGGAACUCGGCUGUCUUUGCAGCCCACAGCCUCUUCUUGUUGCUGCAGGGUUUAUGUCUGUCCCUGACCCUCUGAUUGGCUUUGUGCAAUCCGGGAAACUGUGAUAAACUGAAGGGCAAGUUUGGAAACUCCUCUGGGACUUGCUUAACUGCCUUUCCAUCUCGCUGCCUUCAAGGAUAACAAGCAGACAACAGUAAUCCCAGGUUCAGCCUCAGGGUAAGUUCAAUAGCCAGACAGCAUUUUUUCUAAUCCCACGAAUCAGCUGAUGAUUUAAACAGCUGUUUAAAGGAGUUCUGUACACUAUUUUACACAAAAAUGUGUUAGAUGAACAACUUAAAUAUGGAAAAAGUAUAGAAAUAAAGUGAAAUAAUGUUGACUUGAAAGUGCAUGUCAUUUUAGUAUCUGAAAAAAACUGAAAAAAUACCCUCACCUUCUUAUGAAUGUCUAAAAUCCAAGACAGUGUACAGACAAUGCUUUACUUUAUAGUAUAAACUGCAGGGCAAUGUCCAGCUUCUUGGUGAGAUAGUGAUCAGAGGGAAGGCUGUGGGACUGCUUGACCUCUGCCUCCACUCACUGAAUAGCCAUGAACUCCAAAGUGUUUAUACAUCUGAAUUCAAAUGAACUUACUUAAAUUUAGUUCCAGUUCAUUGGACACCACUUACUCAGAAAGUUAACACAGCACGGUUAUUGUUUAUAAAACCUUAGCUAUUUGACAUCAAGUUGUUCAUCAAGUUCAGACACAAAUGUAUUGCUACACAGCAAUAUAUUGUAAAUAUGAGCCUUAAAUAAGCUGUCAUUUUUUAAUUUGUUUUCAUGGGUGAAUUAUCUUUUUGAGAAUCUGCCAGUAUACAUGUACGCAGAGAGAAGACACACUGAGGUGGAAGAAGUAAACACUUGUUCAGAAUCUGUUAAACACUGAAGUUUUGCGGUUGUUAAACUGAUAUAACAGAUAUGUUUUUUUUAUGUUGUAAUUUUGUGUUAUAUGUACUACUGGGAAACUACUAUGAAUGUGUCAGUUGUAAUCAUCUUUGUUCAU